UUUGACGUGCUUUCGUUGCCCCUGAUUGUGGCAGUCAUGUCCUGUGCCCAGAGCGUCAACGAACCGGGAAACAUGUCUUUCGUCAAAGAGACGGUGGAUAAACUGUUGAAGGGGUACGAUAUUCGCCUUCGCCCAGACUUUGGAGGUGCACCGGUUGCUGUUGGCAUGAGUAUAGACGUGGCGAGUAUAGAUAUGGUGUCAGAAGUCAAUAUGGACUACACAUUGACAAUGUACUUCCAGCAGUACUGGAGAGAUAAGAGGCUAGCCUAUGCAGGGAUCCCUCUCAACCUGACACUAGACAACAGAGUAGCAGACCAACUCUGGGUCCCUGACACCUACUUUCUCAAUGACAAGAAGUCCUUUGUGCAUGGGGUUACAGUUAAGAAUCGUAUGAUUCGACUGCACCCAGAUGGCACUGUUCUUUAUGGCCUCAGAAUCACAACGACAGCAGCCUGUAUGAUGGAUCUAAGGAGGUAUCCGCUGGACGAACAGAACUGUACUCUGGAAAUAGAGAGUUAUGGCUACACAACAGAUGAUAUCGAGUUUUACUGGAAAGGAGGAGACAGUGCUGUGACUGGGGUGACGCGUAUUGAGCUCCCUCAGUUCUCGAUAGUUGACUACAAGCUGGUCUCCAGGAAUGUCGUCUUUUCCACAGGUGCCUAUCCACGCCUCUCCCUGAGCUUCAAGUUGAAGAGAAAUAUAGGAUACUUCAUCCUCCAGACCUACAUGCCAUCUAUCCUGAUCACAAUCCUAUCCUGGGUGUCUUUCUGGAUAAAUUAUGAUGCCUCUGCUGCCCGAGUUGCAUUAGGGAUAACCACCGUGCUGACUAUGACCACCAUCAACACUCAUCUAAGAGAGACGCUGCCCAAAAUCCCAUAUGUUAAAGCCAUAGACAUGUACCUCAUGGGCUGCUUUGUGUUUGUCUUCUUGGCACUGCUGGAGUAUGCUUUUGUAAACUACAUCUUUUUCGGAAGAGGCCCACAGAUGCAGAAGAAACUGGCUGAGAAGGCACAGAAGGCAAAUAAUGACCGGGAUAAAUUUGAUGGUCCCAGGGGCGACUCCCAGGGGAACAUUUUGCUGACAACUCUGGAGAUCCACAACGAGGUGGCAGGAAAUGAAAUCACGACCAGCGUGAGUGAGACUCGCAACUCCUCCUCGAUGGUGUUUGACCACUCGGGGGUCCAAUACAGGAGGCCGAGUGCACCGCGUGAGCCGGGUCGCGUCAGCCUGGACAGGAAUGCACAUCUAAAGAAGACCCGUCUGCGCAGACGAUCUUCACAGCUCAAAAUCAAAAUCCCAGACCUAACCGAUGUGAAUGCCAUUGACAGAUGGUCACGGAUAAUAUUCCCUUGCACCUUCUCCCUUUUCAACUUAAUCUACUGGCUCUACUAUGUGAAUUAA